GCCCCUCCUCAUCCUGGCGCUCCGCCCCUCCCGCGCCUGCGCGGAGAGCUCGCAGUCCCUUCGACCUCUACCGCUGCACCAGCUCAGCCGGACGAGCCUCUGCUUGCCGCUGCCGGGUUCGAGCGAGCCAGACGGCCCAGACCCGGGACCCCCCAGCCCGUUGCUCCACCGGCCCGCCCGCCCGCCCGCAGCCAUGUUCGCCUGUGUCAAGCUCGCCGCCGGGUCCCCCGCCUUGAUGCGCACUGGAUCAAGAAUUCUGUACAGACCAAUUUCUGCAACGGUGUUGUCUAGGCCAGAAGCCAGGACUGCAGAGGGCAACACAACUUUCCUUACUGGUGCUCAGAACACUGGCAGUCAGCUAGCACUAAGGGAAUUUCAAACUAGUGCUAUCAGCAGGGACAUUGACACGGCUGCCAAAUUUAUUGGUGCUGGUGCUGCCACAGUAGGAGUGGCUGGUUCCGGUGCUGGUAUUGGAACAGUUUUCGGGAGUUUAAUCAUUGGCUAUGCCAGAAAUCCUUCACUGAAGCAGCAGCUAUUCUCAUAUGCUAUUCUGGGAUUUGCCCUGUCUGAAGCCAUGGGUCUCUUCUGUCUGAUGGUUGCUUUCUUGAUCUUGUUUGCCAUGUGAAGAGAUCUGUGUGUAACAUUGGCAUUAAUGAACUACAAUGUGAUUCUGUGAACCUGGGUUCGAAAAAUGUUUAUCAUGGAAUGUAUGCUACUUCCAAAGCAGCUUAAUUAAAGAUGGUAACGAGUUUAAA